UUUGAAAAGUGAAGAAUUUUUUUUUGCCAAAAACGUAACAGAAGAGCGUGUUUCUUUUCUUUUUGUGACGUUAUAAAAUCUUUUUCUAAAAUUACUCUGCGUCAAACGUAGUUGGCCAGAAAAUUUUACCAACAAAGAGUAACACAUAAGCUUUCAUUGCUGUUUUCCAUCCAAAUACGUUUCAAAUAAUAAAAUCGGCAUUUUUACCAUCUCCAACUCAUCAUUUGUGAUGUCGAGUUAUCCUACUCAAGCAAGUGCUCCACCUGGAAGCUACAAUUCAGGCUACAGCCAGCCACCUCCACCUUACGGACAGCCUCCUCAUCAACAGCCCGCAACAUUCCAGUACACUGGAAAUUACCAGACUACAACUGUGUUGGUGGGAGGCGGUUAUCCGAGUCUGGGCAGUAAUCCGGCAACAAUCCAGUGUCCCCACUGCAGAGCCACAGUAACUACAAGCGUCAACUAUGAGAUAGGUAUGGGUACCUGGCUGAUCGCGGGAGUAAUUUUGCUUCUUGGGUUCUGGUGCGGAUGCUGUCUCAUUCCCCUCUGCAUUGACGGGUGCAAAGACGCUGUCCAUUCUUGUCCAAACUGCAACGCAUAUAUCGCAAAGAAGUCAAUGCUGUGAAAACCAAUUCAAAUCGUGAAGAAAUUUGAUUCUGAAGAAGCAACGCAACUUGAACAAAUUAACUCAUGACAACGGAAGAGAACUUGAAUUCGUUAUGUGUUUUCAAUUUUGAAUAGAUGUUUAUUGAAAA